UUUUAAUUCAGGUACCUUGACCACGUCUAGAGUCGAGCAACUCCGGGGGCCCGGGCAGGCAAAUAAUGACAGUGGCACCUACUACGGUACUACCCUACCCUACUACUAAGAUACUAAGUAGCACAUUCGUACUCUUCCUGCUAGGAGACAUCUAUCGUCAACCUCAACCCACGACAGUCUCUUCACUUGAUGGUGGUAUCGUCAAUUUUGUCUCUCUUAUUAUGCAAUCAUGACAUGAGCGUCGUUCCCUUAUUCUUGCGCCAGGCCGACUCGAACCCUUGUCCCAUACCGUGCCCUUCCGCAAAGUUCUUAGCGCCUACAGUCACUCGAGCUGCGCCUCGUCCAGCGGGACUCCCACUGACCUGUUUUGCGAAUACGCUCCAUUACUGAGCCGCGUUGCCAAUACGCUUGACACCCGAUCCCGAGAAUUCCUGUAAACAUCAGGAUACCGUCGUCGAAAUCGCCAGAUCUCCUCUACUCGUUCGACGGAGAUAUUGGCUUGUCCAUCCUCAAGUCUUCUCUCUUGUCACAGUACCCCGCCGAUCCAUUGUCAGUGGCCUGGACCGUGGACCGCUACCUCGCGGUCAAGAGCACAAGAUGCCCGAAGCCAAUCUGCCUGCAGAGCCCAAUCUGCGAGUUACGAUCAUCGCGGCUGACGGCCUAUACAAAAGAGAUGUCUUCAGAUUUCCAGACCCUUUCGCGGUAGCGACCAUCGGAGGGGAACAGACAAAAACAACCUCUGUGAUCAGGAAAACGUUGAAUCCCUAUUGGAACGAAUCCUUCGAUAUGCGAGUUACGGAAGACAGUAUUCUAGCCAUCCAGAUUUUCGACCAGAAGAAAUUCAAGAAGAAGGAUCAGGGCUUCCUUGGAGUCAUCAACGUUCGCAUUGGCGAUGUCAUCGAUUUGGACGUGGGCGGAGAUGAAAUGCUCACUCGGGAUCUUAAGAAGUCCACCGAUAACUUGGUCGUUCAUGGAAAACUAAUCGUGAACUUAUCCACCAACCUCUCCGCUCCCCCUCCCAAUCAACCAAAUCGGCCAUCCGCGAGCGCUGCGCCCAGUGUUAAUGGCUCGAAUCCGCACUUGAGCAGCACCACAGUCAACCAGACCCUGCCGGUCCGAGCACGAAGUCCUGCGCCAUCACGAACAACCACCUCCGGUUCGGGCGAGGCGAGAGCCUCUACAACAGCCGUCAACGGCACUGCCUCACAAUCAGCGUCUACCAACGCUGGCAGAUCAGGAGGCUUUAGCUCUUUCGAAGAUAGCCAAGGACGGUUGCCCGCUGGAUGGGAACGCCGCGAAGAUAAUCUGGGUAGGACAUACUACGUCGAUCACAACACGAGAACUACCACCUGGACAAGACCUUCGAAUCACCUCAGCGAGACUGAGGCUCGAAGCCGGCUCGAGGCCAAUAUGCAGGUUGAGCGCCAACGCCAUCAGAACCGCAUGUUGCCUGAAGACCGCACGGGUGCCAAUUCCCCGAGUUUGCAAGAAUCCCGAGGGGGAUCUCCUUCUCAACACAACGCUGUGCAAAUGAUGGCUACCGGGGCCACCACUCCUGGAACCGGAGAACUUCCAGCUGGAUGGGAAAUGAGGCACACCCCCGAAGGCCGAGCCUACUUCGUUGACCAUAAUACACGGACCACCACUUGGGUUGAUCCACGGAGACAGCAGUACAUAAGGAUGUAUGGCAACAACCCGUCGGGCAACAACACCACUAUACAGCAACAGCCGGUGUCACAAUUAGGGCCACUGCCUAGUGGCUGGGAAAUGAGACUCACCAACACUGCUCGCGUCUACUUUGUGGACCACAACACCAAGACAACGACCUGGGAUGACCCACGACUACCGUCUUCUCUGGACCAGGGUGUGCCGCAGUACAAGCGUGAUUUCCGACGAAAGCUGAUAUAUUUCCGUUCGCAACCCGCUUUGCGCAUUUUGUCUGGACAGUGCCAUAUCAAAGUGCGACGUGGCGCUAUCUUCGAGGACUCCUACGCCGAGAUCAUGCGGCAGAGCGCAACCGAUUUGAAGAAACGCUUAAUGAUCAAGUUUGACGGAGAAGAUGGUCUGGACUAUGGUGGUCUUUCUCGGGAGUUCUUUUUCCUGCUGUCGCACGAAAUGUUCAACCCGUUCUAUUGUCUGUUCGAGUACUCGGCUCACGACAACUACACUCUCCAAAUCAAUCCUCACUCUGGUAUCAAUCCAGAACAUCUCAACUACUUCAAAUUCAUUGGUCGAGUGGUGGGACUGGCCAUCUUUCACCGUCGGUUUUUGGAUUCGUUCUUCAUCGGUGCCUUCUACAAGAUGAUGCUUCGAAAGAAGGUCACCAUCAAUGACAUGGAGGGUGUCGAUGAAGAAUACCACAAGAACUUGACCUGGUGCUUGGAGAACGAUAUCACGGAUGUUCUUGAUCAAACCUUCUCGAUCGAAGACGAGCAAUUCGGAGAAACCAAGACGAUAGAUUUGAAGCCGAAUGGGCGUAACAUCCCCGUCACCAACGAGAACAAGAGAGAAUAUGUCGAACUUGUGACGGAGUGGAAGAUCGUGAAGAGGGUGGAAGAGCAAUUCAACGCUUUCAUCACCGGUUUCAACGAACUUAUUCCCCAAGAUCUCGUCAAUGUCUUUGACGAAAGAGAACUAGAGCUGUUGAUCGGCGGUAUCGCCGACAUUGACGUUGACGAUUGGAAGAAACACACGGAUUACCGUGGCUACCAGGAGUCGGACGAAGUCAUUCAGAAUUUCUGGAAAAUCGUUCGGUCCUGGGACGCUGAACAGAAGAGUCGUCUCUUGCAAUUCGCAACCGGCACCAGCAGAAUCCCAGUCAAUGGAUUCAAAGAUCUGCAAGGUAGUGACGGGCCCAGAAGAUUUACCAUUGAAAAGGCGGGCGAGAUCAAUGCUUUGCCGAAGAGUCAUACUUGUUUCAAUCGUCUUGACCUGCCACCUUACAAAUCUUACGAGGUUCUCCAACAAAAGCUCUCAAUCGCCGUGGAAGAGACACUGGGCUUCGGGCAAGAAUAGAGUCCGGCCAAUUUCGCGUCGGUCGUGAACUGGUUACACCGUUUGAUCGCUGUCAAUAUUUCGGUUCGCCGCUCAUUGAGGCGACCCAGGAGGAGUUCGACUAGGCGUCGGCUCAGAUCCCGGUGGCAUCGACUUUUGAUACCGCUCUCGACUGUGGAAGAAACAAGUGAGGGAAAAUCUGUAUAGACAGUCGUGAAACGGGGCUUGUUGUCGUGCAGGACUCAUACCACGUACUUGGUCAGGUGAUGUGCUUUGGUCCCAACAUGGGCUUGCUGGGUUGAUAAGUCCUUUAUGCUCGCCUUUGAUCAUUUGAGAAGUGCUCGCGAGGAGGGCCAUAUGAUUGGGCCGACUUACUUUCCCUCGGAUUGUUCGUGGCGGUCAUACUCGUGUUCAGCACAUUGCGUUCAACUGACCGGUCUAGCCGUGUGGGCGAGGCAAAUCCUGUCGAUAUUGUUAACAGAGCAUGCAUGAUGACUAGGUAGUUGAGAGUGGACAGAUGACUGAGGGAGGAUACAGCCGCUGCCAGUAACUAAGUGACUACUUGUACCUGGUAGUACUAGUAGUUGGGCGGUGUCUGCAAUGCGGUGCAUAAGGUGCUUUACAUGACUAAAUUACACUACAUAUUUAUUAUUGCCCUGGAGUUUUGUGUGUGUGGACUGCAAUAACGAGCUUUGAUUUUUUGUCC